UAACUGAAAAACCGUUUCCUUUCCUUUCUCUCUCUAAAAACCGCGGGGGGCGGAAUCGAAGAAGAAACCUGCGAAUUCUCGGCGAUUUCUUGAUCUAUUUUGGUUUUCGAUUUGAAAUUUUUUUCUUUUUUUAUGUUUGUAUGCUCGUGCAAAUCGAUUUCUUUGUCUGCUGUUUGAUCGUUCCUCCGAAGAAGCGUGGACUUGUUUGUGAUUCCCGAGCUUGAUUUUGAUCAUCCAAUGGUGGAGGAUUUGAGGGAGUGGGGGCAUUCUUGUGAGUAAAGGUGUGUAUUUUACGUGGAAGAUAUCAAUGUGGUUUGAUUUGGAAGAAGUUGUGAAUGGAUGUGAGAAGCUUAGUUCUUGAAGGAUCUGUGGUGGAGCAGAAGGAAGAUCCUCCUCGGCCGCCAUUGGUACCAUCUGAGAAGAACAAUGCCGUCACAGCUGCUCGCAAGCCCCGCUUGCGGGAGAUUUCAUCAAGGUACAAGUCUGCAGCUUCAUCAACCACAACUGCCCCGCGAAGAUGUCCUUCCCCCAGUGCUGGACGGACAUCCCCCACUCCAGGGGCAGCUCUUCCUAAGCGCUCCCAAUCCGCUGAGAGACGACGCCCUUCCACUCCUACAUCAAGGUAUUCUGCACCUUCGUCCCCAACCUCCAGGCCAUCCACACCGUCUACUCCAUCCUCAAGGUCUACAACACCUGUACGUGAUUCAGGAGUGGACUUGCAAAGUGCUACCCGGAGAUUACUAGGUGGUAGAGCACAUGAUGGAUUGUGGCCUUCAAUGCGGAGCCUAACUGCAUCAUUUCAAUCUGAAUCUAUUUCUGUCCCUGUUAUUCGGAAGGAAAGGCCAUUUAGAGAUCCAUCUCCUGAUCGUUCAUUGAAGUCUUCUAUCAAUGUUGGUUCUGAGAGGAAGAGAACUCCUCUAAGGGGGAGGAACACCUCUGACCAGUCAGAAAAUUCUAGGCCAGUUGAUAAUUCGCAUUCAAGGGUGGUGGAGCAACAUCGUUGGCCUGGUAUCAGUGGCGGGAAAAUGUCUGUUCUUUCCUUGUCAAGAAGCAUGGAUCUGACUGACAAGGUUAACAGAUCUGCCUCAUUAGUUUCUACACGAGGAGUUUCACCAAGAAGAACAGCAGUAUCUGAUAGUUCAGGAAGAGGGCAUCAAGAAUCAAUGAGCGAAGUCGGAAGGCGAGUGCUUUCCAAUGGGAGCAGAAAGUUAGAACGUGAUGUAGGUGUUGGUGUAAAUGUUCCUUUAGCUCCUUCAGAGCGUUCUGCAUCAGUUACACACCCAAGUAGAACUCUUUCUUCUCCCCUUCCUGGUUUACGUCGCCCUUCAUCACCCAGUAAGACCUUACUCAUGCCAUCUUCAACCACCAGGGGUAUGCAAAGCCCAUCUCGAUCUCGACCAUCAACUCCUCUCACUUCCUCCAGCUCUGCCGCUGGUCGAAUUGGUGCUUCCUCUUCUGUUCUCAACUAUACUGUUGAUAUGAGGAGAGGAAAGAAGAAUGCAAGCCAGAUAGAAGAUGCCCAUCAGCUGAGGUUGCUUUACAAUAGGAACUUGCAGUGGCUCUUUGUCAAUGCACUAUCAGAUGCUAUAUCAGUCAUACAGAAAAUGGCAGCAGAGGAUACUCUUUACACUGUGUGGAGUAGAAUCUCAGAAUUGGAUGGCUCUGUCAUAUCAAAAAAGAUUAAUUUGCAAUAUCUGAAAGAAGAGAUGAAACUGAAUAUGGUCCUAAAAGAACAAAUGGCAUACCUUGAAGAUUGGGCUACACUGGAAAAAGAACAUUCUAGUUCAUUAUCAGCUGCAACUGAAGCUCUUAAAGCCAGCACUCUCCGUCUUCCGGUUACUGGUGGUGCGAGGGUAGAUGCUUGUGCUGUCAAGAACGCAAUUAGUUCUGCAGUUGAUGUUAUGCAGGCCAUGGGUUCUUCUGUUUGUUGUUUGCUAUCCAAGGUGGAGGGCAUGAACCAUCUGGCUUCUGAACUUUCUGAUACUGCAGCUAAGGAGAGAGCCAUGCUCGAUGAGUGUAGAGAUCUGCUAUCUUCAACAGCAGCAAUUCAGGUGCAGGAGUCCAGCCUAAGAACUCAUCUAAUCCAGUUGAGGCAGGAUUUCUACAAGAUGAAAUAGCCAUAAAUUGGUGGUUGAAAGCUGAAACUUCAAAUUAACCAAAACUUUAUGCUUGGCUGCAACUAACAACUCAGCAGGAUUGCUAGAUAACUCACUUGCCUGAUCCAGUGAGUGUAAAUUUGUGGCAGAAACAUUUGUUGUCAUUUUUUUUUAACCCCCUUCUAUCCACUUUUUAUUUUUAUUUUUUUUUGAGUUUUUGUGGAGGGCGUGAGACACACUCUCGCCCAAUGCAAUUUUUGUAUCAUGCGCAUUGAAAAAGUAAUAGGAAAUGGAGAAUGUGAAAGUUUGAAAGGUUACAUA